GACAAGGUGUUAGGCAAAAGGCAAACGAUUCGAAGAUAAAAACUACUACCAAGAAAAACAGAAAACAUAGCAUGGCUAACAGGAGUGGAGGAAGUCUGGCUAACCAAAUAGAAGCUGAGCUGAUUUGUGUUGUCUGCCAGGAACGUUACACCUCACCCCGAGUCCUGCCAUGUCAACACAGUUUCUGCGAGUCCUGCCUGUCCAUGGCCCACCUCGCCAGGGAACACCGCGGCCGUCUCCUACCCUGCCCGACAUGCCGCGCCGUGGCUGUCAUACCGGAUAACGGUAUCCAGGGAUUCCCCGUGAACUUCGCACUGAACAAUCUAGUACAGAUCCUGGUGUCAACAGAGAACGAAGUGAGGAGAACACCUCAGAGUCUGUGUAGUCUCCACGAAAACAGGAAGAUAACCAUGUACUGCUGUGACUGUGAGGUGACCACGUGCAGCAAGUGCGCAGCCACCUCCCAUGCUCAGCACCACACCGAGAUAAUUUUGGACGUGGUGGAUUCUGAGCGGGAGGCUCUUCAGGCAAAACUGGACGAAAUGGAAAAAGUUCUGGAUGGCUCGGACGCAGAACUCAACAUAGUUAAUGAGAUGUUGGAGAAAAUAACAAAGCAGACCGAAGCUGCGAUCAUCACGAUAACUAAGGAAGCAGAGAAAGUCAUUGAUGAGGUGAACAAAAAGAAAGUCGGUCUUGUCAGUCAAGUUAAUGCUCUCAAGAUGGGACAAACGGAAAGGAUAUCCAGUUUCAAAGACGAUCUGAAAGGCUGGUCGAAGAAAAGGCGGGAAAUAAAACAGGCGCUUGGAAACGUUCUGAAAACUGAGGACGACGUGGCGUUUUUACAGGGGGCGUCAGAAAUUAGAGGAGAUUUAAAGGCCAGAGACAAAAGUAGUACUCUUAGCGAGCUUAACUCAGAAACAGUUGAUAAAUGGAUAAACUUUGAACCAGCUGACAAUCUAGCGAUUCAAGUUGAUUGCCUUGACAUGGGGGAAGUGAAGCUGAUCAAGGAGGAACCAGUUGGGACUAACGCUGUCAUAAACAGCAACAGCAGAGUCAACACUGCUCGGCGGCACAGAAGACGGAACACGGCUGGAAACAGUCGGGAUACCGAACAAGAGACCCCACUACAGAUCAACUUGGAGCGGUUCACCGAGGAAAACGCCGUGAUUAUCCGCUACACCGACCAGAGACGAGCUGGGAGGAGGGAUCAGGCCUCAGCUAACGCUCCCCGCAUCAGAGCAAUCCAUCAGAUAGGAUCCUGUGGAACCAACCUCGGAGAUUUCUUCCACCCAUGUGGGAUGUCUCAGCUGUCUAAUGGACAUCUGGUUGUAGCUGACCAGAGGAACAACAGAGUGCAGAUUCUUGAGGAGAACGGGAGUUUUGUACAGAUGUUUGGAAACGAAGGGACUGGGAUAAGAGAGUUUAAAUCUCCUGGAGAUAUAGCUGUUGACGGAGAAGAUAACAUCUACGUGCUUGACACAAGGAAUGAUAGGAUUCAAGUCUUCACAGCUGAUGGGCGGUACAAGAAGAUAAUCGGGGGUAUCGGAACUGGACAGGGAAAGUUCUGCAAACCUCAAGCGAUCACCAUCGCAGCAACAGGUGAGAUCCUGGUAGCUGAUUCAGGGAACAAUCGAGUUCAGGUUCUGUCUCCGGACGGGAGAUUUAGCCACUCAUUCGGGAGGGAAGGAUCGGGAGAGGGUGAGUUUAUGGAGCCUUGUGGAGUGGCUAUUUCUGGUACGGACGUGUUUGUCUGUGAUCAUCACAGUCACCGGAUCCAGGUAUUCAGACUCACCGGAGAGUUCAAGUCAACAUUCGGAUCGUUCGGAUCAGAGCACGGGCAACUCAGUUACCCGAGUAGUGUCGCGGUGGAUCCCAAUGGAUCUGUUAUUGUGUCCGAGUACGGGAAUGAUAGACUGUCGGUGUUUGACAGUGUGGGGAGGUUCAAGAUGUGUUUUGGAAAUGAGGGAAAUGAUUUGGGGCAGUUUCUGUCCCCGAAUGGAGUGUCUAUUUGUUCCCCGGACGCUAACCAGAGAAGCACAAAUGUGAAGUUUUAUGUUUGUGAUGCUUGGAACCACAGACUACAAAUGUGUGAUAUGAUUUGUUAGACAGGAAAGUUUUUUUCUUUCUAAUCAGAUCAGAAGAAGGAAUUUUAGAGAAGAUAGUUUAGUUCCUUUUUGUACAUUUUUAAAAAGUGUUCAAAGAUACUUGAAGAUUUAACAGUACUGAUACUGUUUUUUUUGCAGUAUUUAUUAUAUGUAUAUUGUAUAUUUUGUACAUAACAUUGUUAAAUUAUUUAAUCCUUGAUUACUUUGGCAAAUUUUAUAAAAAUUA